GGGGGGUGGGGGCGGAAGCUUUGAGGCCGGAACGGGUGCGCCGGGAUCGGGAGGUGGGGGGGCCGCUUAUCGCGUCGGACAGCGGCCCAGGAAAGCUAGGGGCGGGCGAGCCAGGGGCGGAUGGCAUGGCCGGCCGGCGGGUGAACGUGAACGUGGGCGUGCUGGGCCACAUCGACAGCGGCAAGACGGCGCUGGCCCGAGCGCUGAGCACCACGGCGUCCACCGCCGCCUUCGACAAGCAGCCGCAGAGCCGCGAGCGCGGCAUCACGCUGGACCUGGGCUUCUCGUGCUUUGCGGUGCCGCUGCCCAGCGCGGCCGAGCCUGGUGAGGCGCUGCUGCAGGUCACGCUGGUGGACUGCCCAGGGCACGCCUCGCUCAUCCGGACCAUCAUCGGCGGGGCCCAGAUCAUUGACCUAAUGAUGCUGGUCAUCGACGUGACCAAGGGCAUGCAGACCCAGUCAGCAGAGUGCCUUGUGAUUGGCCAGAUUGCCUGCCAGAAGAUGAUUGUAGUGCUGAACAAAAUAGACCUCUUAGCCGAAGGGAAGAGACAGACAGCCAUCGGCAAAAUGACCAAGAAAAUGCAGAAGACCCUCGAGAACACCAAGUUCAGGGGUGCUCCGAUUAUACCUGUAGCAGCCAAACCUGGGGGACCCGAGGCCCCUGAAACGGAAGCUCCACAGGGAAUCUCAGAGCUCAUUGAGCUCCUGAAGUCCCAGAUUUCCAUCCCGACAAGAGACCCCUCGGGCCCCUUCCUCAUGUCCGUGGACCACUGUUUCUCCAUCAAAGGCCAAGGCACGGUGAUGACUGGGACCAUCCUGUCCGGCUCCAUCAGCCUCGGAGACAGUGUGGAGAUUCCUGCCCUCAAGGUGGUGAAGAAGGUGAAAUCCAUGCAGAUGUUCCACACACCCGUCACCUCAGCCAUGCAGGGAGACCGACUGGGCAUCUGUGUCACCCAGUUUGACCCCAAGCUGCUGGAGCGUGGGCUGGUGUGUGCCCCCGAGUCACUGCAUACCGUCCAUGCGGCCAUCAUCUCCGUGGAGAAGAUCUCAUAUUUCCGGGGGCCAUUGCAAACCAAGGCCAAGUUCCACAUCACAGUGGGCCAUGAGACAGUCAUGGGCCGCCUGUUGUUCUUCAGCCCUGCGCCUGACAGCUUUGACCGAGAGCCUGUGCUGGACUCCUUUGACUUCUCCCAAGAAUACCUCUUCCAAGAGCAGUACCUGUGCAAGGACUCAAUGCCAGCAGCAGCAGACAGUGACGAGGCCGACAAGCAGGCGGGUCAGGCUGCAGAGGCCCGCUACCCCCGGCAGCAGUGGGCCCUCGUGGAGUUUGAGAAGCCCGUCACCUGCCCACGGCUGAGCCUAGUCAUCGGCUCCCGGCUGGAUGCCGACAUCCACGCCAACACGUGCCGGCUGGCCUUCCACGGGCUGCUGCUGCGUGGGCUGGAGGACAGGGGCUAUUCAGAGAGCAUCUUGCCCUUGCUGAAGGUGUACAAGCUGAAACAAAAGCACGGCCUCGUGGAGCGGGCGAUGGACGACUACAGCGUGAUUGGCCGCUCUCUAUUCAAGAAGGAGACCAAUAUCCAGCUCUUCGUGGGGCUCAAGGUGCACCUGUCCACAGGGGAGUUGGGAGUCAUCGACAGCGCCUUUGGCCAGAGCGGCAAGUUCAAGGUCCAUAUCCCUGCUGGCCUCAGUCCUGAGUCCAAGAAGAUCCUGACGACGGCUGUCAAGAAGCGAGGCCGGGCAGGCCAGGGGGAGGCAGCCAAGCAGGAGGAGGGGGCCGAGCGGCCGGAGCCUGUGCAGCACGUGGGGCUCAGCCUGUCGUUCAAGCGCUAUGUCUUUGACACCCACAAGCGCAUGGGCUCCAUCCCAGCCUGUGUACACCUUGUGCCCAACUGGCACCGCCAAGUUCAUCACGACACACAAGAACCACAAUGUCAUGGACUGCACCAAUAGCAAAAGGGCCCUCGAUCCAGAACUCACCUCCGGCCUGACCUCACCUCCCCAUCCUGACCUCACCUCCGGCCUGACCUUCUUCCUUCCAUCACCAUCUUCACCCCCUUCCCUCCCUGAUGUCACCACCGUCAUCACUCACUUCCAUGCCAUUGUGACAGUACCUCUCCUACUGUCCCAGCCUUCUUGCUGCCUUCGUAUUCACACCACUAGCACCUCCCCACCUUGUGUUGCCAUCUUUGACUCAAGUUUCUGCUUCACCAUGUUUGUGGAGGACCUCAGGGAAGCUGUGACCCAGAAGGUCCCUGAGCCAGGUCCUGUGCGGUGUGGUGUACAUGGAGUCUGGCAGGGUCUGAGCCGAGGACAGGGAGGAGGUGACAGGGUGGGGCAGAUCUCCCAGUAAUCCUGGCUGGCCCUGGCCAAGGAGCGAGGUGCCCAGGAGGCAUGGAAGAGUUGCCCCUCUGUGGGCCUGGGCACCAGGGCACAUUCUCAGCUCAAUGUGGCUGUGGCCUGCGCGGAGGGGUCCUGCGUUCCAUGGAAGUGGAAGGCCUGGGGGAGAGAGCAGGGCUGGAGACCUCAACAUGGUCCUCGGUGCCCCGAGUGGCUGUGGGCACGGCUGGCAACAGGCAGGACUAUUGUGUAACGGCUGUG